UUUUUCUACAACAAACAUUUUAAGGCAGUUAUCGGUCAAAAACAUGUGUAAACUCCGCCCAUUGUUACAAAACUGGUUGGAAAGGGCUUCUGAUUUAGGACCGCCAGAAUAUGCAGGUGGAGGGUGUAGUUAUGAUUACGAUUCCAAGCCUUCAACUUCCUUCGGUGUUAGUGGGGGAGGUGCAAAUCCUCCUUCCUCCUCAUCAGGUUCUUCUUCUUCUUCUAGAAGAAGGAAGAAACGAACAUCUAUCGAAACUCACAUAAAAACACGUUUGGAACAUUUCUUUCAACAGGUACAAAGACAGGUUGGGGGAGCAAAGCCUAGUGCGCAAGAAAUUUCUGAUAUUGCCUCUCAAAUGAAUUUAGAGAAAGAGGUUGUUCGUGUUUGGUUUUGUAAUAGGCGGCAGAAAGAGAAGAGAAUGACUCCACAACAACAAAUGUUUGAUGACGAUUCAGAAUCUAGCAGCAACAACAAUCCAAUUACAACAACAUUACCUUUAAACAAUCAAAACAUUGAUAUAAACAAUCCAAACAAUUAUUUACAACAUUAUAUGAUUCAACAACAACAAAGUUUUAAUAACAACACUCAACAACAACAAAUACUUGUUUUAGAAGCAGAAGAUGAAAACAACAUUAAUUUAAGAAAGAAUGAAGCAAACACAACAACAAACACAACAAAUUGUUUGCCUUCCCAACAAACAUUUGAAAACUUACAACAACAAACACCAAACAACAACUUUUUCUUUUAG